UGAACAACGGAAGCAACACAGAGGUCGCCAUGUGAUUUGCUUAUUUAAUUUGAGUGAAUCGGUUCUUUUGAACACUUCGUCUAAAAGAACUGAUUCAAAAUCAAGCGAAUUUAAAACAUGCUUGAUUUGUGAAUCGGUUCAUGGAAUCAGUCAUCGAAAAGAUUCGACUCACCGAAAAUAACGAGUUGUUCAAUCAUCACUGAGAGACAACGCUGGGUUACUGUAGAAAGGAUGUGUUUAAGAGCAUUUUAUUCGGGUAUUCUUCGUUUAUUUUAAGCUACAAUGCGGUGUGAUAUUUCCACUGCCGCUGCAUAUUGCAAUGAAGGGACAAAAAAGCUUUUCCUGGCUGAAUAAGAGAUCCUGAAGACCCCUUCAUCAUGACCUUGUCAGAUUUUAUUGGAGCCCUGAAGGACAACCCUUACUUUGGGGCAGGAUUUGGACUAGUUGGUAUUGGCACAGCACUUGCAGUUGCCAGAAAAGGGGCACAGGUCGGUAUGAUCUUCUUUAGAAGAAAUUACAUGAUCACACUGGAGGUCCCAAGCAGAGAUAAAAGUUAUCACUGGCUCUUAAGCUGGAUCACUAAACAUGCCAAACACACCCAGCAUCUGAGUGUAGAGACUUCAUACAUGCAGCAUGAGAGCGGACGAGUCCAUACACAGUUUGACUUCCAUCCGAGUCCAGGAAACCACAUCAUUUGGUAUGGCAGGAAGUGGAUCCGAGUGGAGAGGACCAGAGAAAAGCAGAUGGUGGACUUGCACACUGGGACGCCCUGGGAGUCCGUCACCUUCACUGCUUUGGGCAGAGACCGCCAAAUAUUCUUCAACAUACUUCAAGAAGCACGUGAACUUGCUUUAAAGCAGGAAGAGGGCCGAACUGUGAUGUACACUGCACUCGGAGCAGAGUGGAGGCCGUUUGGGUUUCCGAGGCGAAGACGACCUCUGUCUUCAGUAGUGCUGGAGAACGGUUUGGCGGAGAGGAUUGUGGAUGAUGUAAAGGAGUUCAUUGGCAACCCUAAGUGGUACACUGACAGAGGUAUUCCAUAUAGGAGGGGAUAUCUGCUGUAUGGACCCCCAGGCUGUGGAAAGAGCAGCUUCAUAACUGCGCUAGCAGGCGAGCUGGGUUACAGCAUCUGUCUGAUGAGUCUCAGUGACCGCAGCCUGUCUGAUGAUCGUCUCAACCACCUGCUGAGUGUCGCUCCACAGCAAAGCAUCAUCCUGCUAGAGGACGUGGAUGCAGCCUUCGUCAGCCGGGAGCUGCUGCCCACAGAGAGUCCACUGGCCUAUCAAGGCAUGGGAAGACUCACUUUCAGUGGACUUCUGAAUGCUCUGGAUGGAGUGGCAUCUUCAGAGGCCCGAAUUGUGUUCAUGACAACUAAUUUCAUUGAGAGACUUGAUCCGGCUCUUGUCCGACCUGGCCGUGUUGAUCUGAAGCAGUAUGUGGGCCACUGCUCUCACUGGCAGCUGACUCAGAUGUUCCGGAGGUUUUACCCUCAGGAGUCUGCAGCUGAGGCUGAGCGAUUUGCCGAGCAAGCGCUGACAGCACACACAGAGCUCAGCGCCGCUCAGGUGCAAGGACACUUCAUGCUCUACAAGACAGAUCCGGCUGGCUCCAUCAAAAACAUUGCAGAGAUGAAGGAGUGAAGACUACACAGACAAUACAGACUUUUGUAUGAUGCAGACUGAGCCAACAGGCGAGUGAUAAACAGAAUGAAUGAAUCAUUCUUUGAAAUUUACACCUGGAUGAAGGCUUUUUGAGUAAUAAAAUCCAAAAAAA